AUGGUUUUUCAUUUAGUCUUUCUCUUUACGCUUGUCCAUUCUGCUAAACUUAACUCGUCUUCCAAACAAUCAACUAUCGGUAAUUUUUAUUUAGAACCAACUGCAGCAGAAGAAGAGACAUAUAGAAGCUAUGACUGCUCAACUACCUCCACUUUAUAUAUAAAAGAAGUGUGCGAUUUGUGUUCAGCAUCAACUGUCUAUGUCAUUUCGUCAGCAAAUGCCACAAUUAUUGAUGCUUAUGACCAAGAAACACAGGACAGGGUCCAGUUUGUUUUAACAGAUGCAGAGGAUUAUAUGCCAGAUGCUAAGUACUACGCUGUCUCCAUUAAUGACACACAUGCUUGUAUGUCUGCUUCAAAAUUCAUAGAGGAUGCAAAUUACACCUUGAUGUUUAAUUGGCCUGUUAAAAAUAAAUUAGUUUUAAUUUUUUCUAUAAAGUAAAUGCAAUUUAACUUUACCCCCCCCCUCCGUGAGUGAACAAAAAAAAUUUUGUUCACUCACGGAGGGGGGUUAAUUUUUUUUUUUUUUAAAAAAAAAUUUAUAUAUAAAUUUAUAUAAAAAAUAUUUUUUUUCGAAAUUUAAAAAAAUCCUAAUUCGCAAAAUUGGAAAGCAAAUAUUAAUUCAAUUUGCAAAUUUAUGUUUUAAAAAGCAAUUCGUUUAAAAAUAAACAGAAUUAGCUCUAGAUUUCAUUAUAAUAAUUAUCAUUUAUAUAUCAAAUUUUUUUUCCAUAAAAAAUUUUUCUAUUAAAAAAAUUUUUGUUCACUCGCGGAGGGUGGGUUUUUGGGCAAAAAAUGCCGAUUUUUCUAAUGGUUUUGUUCACUCACGGAGGGGGGGGUGGAGUUAGUUUUUUUAUGACUAUCCGUUUAAUUACUAUUUAGAUAUGGACCCAAUCUCUGUUUUUGUCCCAGAAAUAUUUGAUAUAGGUGGAUCAUCAAGCUUAGAAUAUAUUUCCACCACAUAUAAUGAAUCCUAUGAUUAUUUUGCUUUAAAUUACAAUGCCCCAGACUCUGCAACGGUCUCAGAAACUGUCAUUUACAAUUUACAACGUAUGUAUAGCUCAUGCACCUUAAUAGAUCUCUAUACCCCAGCAGAAUACUGACCAGAAAAAAAUUUGGUACAGGGCACCUGCCUUAUACAGUAUAAGUCUGAUUAGGUACCUUAAAACCAUAAAGGGAGACUUGUCAUUUUCGUUUUUACUUUUCAAAAAAGCUGACAAGUACAAAUUAAUUUUGGAAAUUAAAAUGGAUGGCCAAUAAUGAUCUAAAAUAUUUCAGGGGCUAUAUAGUUAUUUUAUAUUUCAAGAAGGCAAAAAUCUAUAUACCGGGACGUGUGAUAUAGGGGAAAGCGAUAAUGUCACAACGGUCGAGUUUUCUAUAGAAACCCCAUAUGAUCGUCAAUACGGCGAGUCUUUUAAUGCAGUUUUUAUCAUAGCAGACACUUAUGGUGCCUACGACUGGACUACAAAUAUAGAGCCUGACAAUAAAUGUUGGAGCAUUGAUCCACCAAGCGGAAUUUCUAGUCUAGAAAAUAUGAUUGUCUCAGGAAGCUACCAGGAAUUCGUAUACAGCUCUCAAGCAAAAAACAUGGCCGUCCAAAAAACCUACACAAGCUAUGAAAUUCCUAAUUGGAGCUUGGCCCCUGAAAUUAAUUUAGAAAACGCAACUGGGGAAUUUAUUAAUGAUGACCAUGAGAGUUUCUGUGAAUAUGAAAUAGCAGCUGAAUGGAACUAUUUAAAUUACACAAUAGAAAUGGAGCUGAAUAGCGACUCAGACACAAAUCAAGUAGAAAUUUCAGGGACUUUUUUAAACGCAAAUAUUACUAUGCAAGAAAUUGAGACUGAUUUUUACCAAGUUUUCUUUUCAGAAGACACUGAAAUGUUCCCAGAAUUUUUUCCUAACACCCCUAAUUUAGUUCAGAGGUUGCAGAAUAAGGUUUUAUCGGCCCCAAAAAUUAAAAUUUAUUUAUCUGAUGAAAUAAGUUACAAUAUUUAUGGAGAAUCUGGGGAUAAAGAAGAAACGGAAGUCAUUGCUGGUAGAGGCAACAGCUCAAUUUUAUCUGUAAUUAACUCUUAUGCAUAUGGAUCUGAAAUGCUUAAAGAAAACGGCGUAGAAAUCAUAAAAAGUUCUAUAUAUACAAGCACAGAGACAAUUGAUAUACAAGAUUACUCAUUUAUGUCAUCCCUACUGGAUAGUGGCCGCGAAAACUGAGAUCAAGGAGCUAUUGUUGAAAUUUCUGCACAAUUUAACCAAAAUUGUGAAAAUAAUGAUUUUUGCUCACUUUUACAAAAAUAUGCUGUCCCAGAAGGAGAGAGGAUUCUAGAUGUAAACGGGUAUGUGGUUAAUAAUACUGUUUAUUUAGACAGUUCUAUACAAAAUAUUCCUUUAAGCGAUGAUGUAGAAUUUGAAGACGCAGGGCUGGCUGCUGAGUAUACAGAUUAUGGGAUUACUUUGAUGAUAAAAGGAGCUUUUGAUCUCCAAGUUGACAGUAAAACUGCUUUGAAAUUUAUAGGAAAAAUUAAACAAGGGGAGCAAGGUGACGCAAUAUUAGAAGUGCAGUCUAAAAGUGUAUGGGAAAAUGCGAUGGACGUCGAAAAUCUAUUAGUAGCUGGAUUGACUAUGAAUGGGACUGUUGAUGGUGAUGGAAUAGUUUAUAACACAACAACCUUUGGGAGUGCUUUUAUAGGAGAAAAAUGUUGGAAUAAGAGAUCUAUUGAUGAAUCUUGUCUAGAAGGCGAAAUUGAUAUGGAUUUAAGCCUUGAAUCUUACUUAAACAACACCUUUUCUUUAUCUGUUUAUAAUAUCACAACUGCAGAUUUUUUUAAUUAUUUCGGAGGCUAUGAGUUUUCUGAUAGCGACCCUAUGCCGCUUCCUAUGGAAUGUUUAGCCUUUCCUGUAGGAAUUCAUAUAUCCCAUAGCUAUGAAAGUCCAGUUUUUGUAUUAACUGGAGAUGCUGAAUAUUGUGGAAUUUUAGGAGAGCUAGACGGGAAAACUGAUUCUUUUACUUCAGGAGUUUUUGAUAUAGAAAUCGACCUGUUUGAUUUUGAAUUUGCCAAUGAAAAUGCUCAAAUGAGCGAUGCUACUGGAUAUUUAUCGACUGAUAGGUCAGUUGGAAAAAGCGAAGGGUUUAUUUAUGGAGUUUUAGAAGCCUUUUUCUUAGAAGAUAGGACGAAUAUUUAUAUUAAUGAAGGGUAUUUUGCCAGUUUGGCUGGAUUUUUAUAUGAUGGGAUUUAUAGAGUUGACGCCCAUUUGAUCGGAACCAGAAAUUCUUCUAUAGAAAGCUCAGAGUUUGAGAGUGAGUUUGUAAUGGAAAAAGGAGACACAAAAGAUAUUGAAGCAGUCUCAAGGGAUUCUUUACAAGACUGGGUGGACAGAGGGCAAUAUGUCAUUAAUUUCGCUGAUAAAUAUAUGGGAAACCUUACCCGAGAUUUUUCAGAUUUAAAAGAAAUCCAGUGUGAAACAGAAAAAUCUUGUCCCACAAAGAAAAUUUGUCCAGAUGGGACCUAUGAGGAAUGCAAAAGCUACCCUAAUACCCAAAUCUGUGAAGGAGGAUCAGGGUGUUCUGAUGUCGAGCUUGUCUGUGUCGAAUCAGAAUCAGUCUGCAUGAAAACUUGGAAAAAUUGCAAAAACGACGACUGUGAAUGCUUAAGCACUGUAAACGUCUGCAAAAAAUGGAAAACUCAAUGCAACCAAGAAUCAUCAGAAUGCCGCAACAAAGCAAUAGAUAAAGACUAUUCUGACUGUGAAAGAUAUGAAACAACCUGUGAUGAACAAGACACUUAUGAUUUACAGUGCCAAACAGAAUGCGAUUGGAAUCGUUACUUGUAUGAAGAAGGUGAAAAAAAAUAUAAAAGUUAUAAACAUGGGUAUGAAAACUCGCUGAAAGAGCUGAGAGGGUUUGAGUCAAUCACCGAAGUUACUGAAAAUGAAAUAGAGACGGAAAAACUGAUUGAUAUUAAAAAGAUUUAUACUGUAAGGCAGCUUAAUGACAAUGUUGGCCCAUCAAAUUUUUAUUUUACAGUAAACACUGAUACAAUUAAUUUAGAAACGGAGUAUUUUGGUAGCAAUAUUUUUGAAGUUGAAUGGAAUUUUUAUCAAAAUACUGAUAAUGAGGACCGUGUUUUGGGAAAAUUCAAAGAGUAUAUUGUAGAACAUAGUGAAGGGCUGCUUGAUGAAGAUUUAGUUAUAAAAGACCCAGUAGAAAUUGUGCUAGAAAAUAUUGUAUAUGACGAUUCCUAA